CUCAUGGCCCUGCCGGCGGAGGUGGAACGGCUGGAUGGGGUCUGGCAGGAGGUCUACUCUGCGCUCCAGUGGAUCCAGUUCACCAUGGCCAUGCUCAGCGUUGUAGGGUCCAGCUCAAUUAUUGCUUACGCCAUCUUCCAAAAUGCAGUGCGGUCCCCCGAGGUGCGUCCUCUUUUCUACCUGAGCCUCUCAGAUCUGUUCCUGGGCAUGUGCUGGCUGGCUGGGGCCUUGGUCUACAGCUCAUCCACCUCCCAGCAAGACCUCAUCUGCUACAACCUGCAGGCCACGGGACAGAUAUUCUACUUGGCCUCUUUUCUCUACACUGUCAACUACACCUGGCACCUGUACAUGGACCUCAAGGUGAAAUACAACCAGAACCUCUUCAGGGUGCCCCCCCAGGUUGUGGAUUAUGCAAGUUGCAUUGGCCGAAUAGCAACGAUCUUGUCAAGCCUGAUCCCUUUCUUCCUCAUGGUGCCGGUGUUUUGCUUGGGUAACAGCAGCAAUUGCUACCAGAACUUCAGCCAGAAGCACGGGUGUCUCCUGAUGCACACGGAGAUGGCCGAGCCCCCCCACGAGCCCCUGAGCCUGAGCGGCUCCGUUUGCCGUGCCAUGCAUUUCUACAGCAUCGGAGUCUUCCUCAUCUCCUUCCUCAUCAGCUUUGUGGCCAUCCUGGUUAUCCUGAGCCAGGCCCGAGGUCUGUACAAAAGGUUUGUGAACUCCACGGGAUUCCUGGGGGACCAGCAGUGGGCCAUGAUUAAGAUGGUGGAACAACGAGUGGUUUUCUACCCCGUGGCCUUCUUCUGCUGCUGGGCUCCAGCUGUCCUCCUUGGGAUGCUGAAAUUGACUGCUUCAACAACCAGCAAAAUCUACAUGGCUCUGCUGAUCCUGCAGGCUCUCACCGCAGCUUCCCAGGGGCUCCUGAACUGCCUGGUGUACGGCUGGACCCAGCACGUGUUCCUGUCCCUGAAACGCGGCUCCCGCCGGGAUGUGGACACCCAGACCCCGCUCCUGCGCUCCCAAAAAAAAUUCUACUCCAGCACGGCCCCUGCCGGCCCGUCCGACACCGCGGGCUCCUCCUCCACCCUGCUCUGAUGCAGCCCUGCCUGCAAGGAGAGAAGCAGAGUCCUUCCAACUCCUCGUUAUCCAGAGCUAGGAUGGAACUGACCCUCGGGCAGCACAGCCCGAGCUCCAGCGGGGCUGGCAGAGCCAGGAGCUCAGUGGACAUAGUUAUUUAUUUGAUGGAUUCUUUCAACGUGGUAAAUCUUUAGGCCAGACUUGCUCCCCCUGGAAAUGUCCCUAGAAACGCAGCAAACUCCAUGUAAGGGCUCAGAGACCUGGUCCAGCUCCUUGGAUGUUGGGCAGAGGAUGUUUCACUUUGUUUUAUUUCUCCAAGUUGCUGCCUUUACAAAAUAACAGUAAAGCAAAAUAAGUAUUUUUCAACCUCUGCCUUUUAAUUUACUCUAACCAUGAGAAUUUGCACCAGCCUAAGAACCAAGUGCAGGGAGUGAAGAAUGGCAAAGCAGGACAAAACCUUCCUGGAAUUUCUGCACAUUUUCCUUCCUUUCUUCCUGCCAACUCCUGAUCAGCCAAAAUACUCCCAAAAAUCAGCUGCUUCGACCCUGUGGAGCAUCUCUCAUGAACCAGGUGAGCAGGACUUCGUCUGAAUCUCUUUGCAUUUUCAGAUGUUCACAUGAAUGAUUUACUGAGGUCUCAUCAUUCUAUAGGAAAUAAACCAGAUCUUAAGCUGUGUUGAAAACAAC